CCUACUUGGGCCCUUAUAAUUGCUCCCUUCAUCUCUUGAGAGGCUACAAAUAGGGACACCCAGUUGGUAGGCUCCUACAACUGAAGCGGCAGCAGCAGUGCGAGGAUGUCCCGGCCCCUGGAGCAGGCAAUAGCUGCCAUCAUACUCACCUUCCAGGAGUAUGCAGGGCGCGGUGGGGAUAAAUACAAGAUCUGCCAGUCGGAGCUCAAGGAGCUGUUGCAGAAGGAGCUGCCCACCUGGACCCCGAGUGAGUUCCGGGAGUGUGACUACAACAAAUUCAUGAGUGUUCUGGAUACCAACAAGGACUGUGAGGUGGACUUCGGGGAGUACGUGCGCUCACUUGCCAGCCUCUGUCUCUACUGCCACGAGUACUUCAAAGAGUGCCCCCCUGAGCCUCCUUGUCCCCAGUAGCCUCUGAUCCAAAAGCGUAUGCUAGCUAUCCCAGAAGGGCAGGGUCUGCUCCAGUGCUCCAUCUUUGUCCCCAAGGUGGUCCUGGGUGUGUGGCCACACCCUUCCCACUCUCUCUGUGGUACCCCUUCCAAUCUAGACCUGCCAAGUCCUUGACGUGCUAAUCCCAGCUACCCAUGAGCUUUAGAGGCUUUCCGAGGGAUGUCUAGGUAGUGAGGGAUGGCACCAUAGCCUUUGCUGCUUCUCUUCCUGGGAGGGAAUAACUUCUCUGCUCUUAUCUUGGAAGCUCAGCCAAGUGCACACAAUUGGGACCGCUGGGGUCGGGGCCUCCUCAACUCCCAAUAAAGAAAUGUCAUCAAAA